AGUUUGGUCUGUCCCUGAUUGUCACCCCGACCCUUCUCCCACAGGCUCUGAGCAGCCAUGCCUGUCGCUCGGUCGUGGGUGUGCAGCAAGACAUACGUCGCUCCCCGCCGUCCCUUCGAGAAGUCUCGUCUGGACCAGGAGCUCAAGCUCAUCGGUGAAUAUGGUCUGCGGAACAAGCGGGAAGUGUGGCGGGUGAAGUUCACCCUGGCCAAGAUCCGAAAGGCUGCCCGGGAACUGCUGACCCUAGACGAGAAGGAUCCCAAGCGUCUUUUUGAGGGUAAUGCCCUCCUGCGCCGCCUGGUGCGCAUCGGGGUCUUGGAUGAGAGCAAGAUGAAGCUGGAUUACAUCUUGGGUCUGAAGAUCGAGGACUUCCUGGAGCGGCGCCUGCAGACGCAGGUCUUCAAGCUGGGGCUGGCCAAGUCCAUUCACCACGCCCGGGUGCUGAUCCGGCAGAGGCACAUCAGGGUCCGUAAGCAAGUGGUGAACAUCCCCUCGUACAUCGUGCGCCUGGACUCUCAGAAGCACAUCGACUUCUCUCUGCGCUCGCCCUACGGCGGCGGGAGGCCCGGCCGGGUCAAGAGGAAGAAUGCCAAGAAGGCGCAGGGCGGUGGAGGUGCUGCUGAUGAUGAGGAGGAGGACUGAGCCCUCGGUGUGAGUCCUUGUAGAGUGACAAAUAAACUUCUGGUUACCCGUG